CAGGACAUGCAUUGGCUGCCGUACCUGAUGAUCGCCUACGUCUUUGGGGCUACCAUUACUCAGUCGUUGUUCCUUGCCAUUCAUGAGCUGGCGCAUAACCUGUUUUUCAAGAAGCCGCUGUACAAUCGGCUCUUCUCGAUGCUGGCCAACCUGCCGAUCGGCAUCCCGUACUGCGUCCCGUUCCGGGGCUACCACCUGGAGCACCACAAGUACCAGGGCAUCGAUGGCAUCGACACCGACAUACCCAGCAACCUCGAAGCCAGGUUUAUUCGGGGGCCGAUCACGAAGACCAUCUGGUGUUCGUGCCAGAUCCUCACGUACGCCCUGCGGCCGAUGUUCAUCAAGCCGCAGGAGCUCACGAUGAUGCACGUGCUGAACUGGGCCGUGCAGAUCGCUUUCGACGCCGCCGUCUUCCACUUCUGGGGCUGGAAGCCCCUCUUCUAUUUCGUGCUCUGCAUCUUCCUGGCCGGGGGCCUGCACCCCUGCGCCGGCCACUUCAUCUCCGAGCACUACGUGUUCCCCCACUUGGCUGCCACGCAGGAGACCUACUCUUACUACGGCCCGCUGAAUUAUCUGACCUGGAACGUUGGCUAUCACAACGAGCACCACGAUUUCUGCUACGUGCCUUGGUCCAGGCUGCCGGAGCUCAGGAGGAUUGCCCCCGAGUUCUACGACAACCUCGCCGUGUGCGAGUCGUGGAUCGGAGUGAUAUGGGACUACAUCAUGCGCGACGACAUGGGUCCGUACAGCCGCGUCAAGCGGCUCCCGAGGGAUGACAAGUUUGCGUCCGUCCUGAAGGUGACAAAAGCCGAGUGAGUGGUCGGCACGCGGUGCGGCUGCCUGCACAGGUCUGCGCUGAGUAGUGCCGGGGCAGAAUUCGGCCAGACGGUGUUGUCUGUACUGGCCACCACGGCGCUGUCUAAUCUUCCAGUACGUUGUCGCAGCCAGGGCUCCAGAAGCGGGGACAUCGGUGACCAGGACAUUGCCAGAUCCGGUGCCAACGUCGUUAGUUGUUCUGGGCUUGCACCGUCACUCUGGACGUCUUACUUGCAGCGUGACUGGGCGCCGAAGAGCGGCCCGCCGCCGAACUGGCACCCCGCGCCUCUGCUGGGUCAGCGGCGCACGUCGCCGCCGCUGCCGACGGGGAAACUGUCGGAGGCCACCGCUGCGACCCGGCCGGCCCACCGAUCCGGCCAGGCCCACCUCCUCCCCACGGGUGGGCGCCAAAGAGCUCCACCGCUCCGGCGGGGCGCGGCGUCGAGCCCCGCGAGUGGCCCAUGAGCCGUCUUGUGGGCGCCGCGGGCGCGACGCGGAGCUGCGGCGGCGCCUCCAGCGCGCUACGGGCCGCAGCGGCGACACAAAGGGCCUCCCUGCCCCGCAGAAGACGUCCCAGGCCCCUCGCGUCGUGGAC